AUGCAUACCCAUUUCUAUUCGUAUGACGAUCUUGCUCGUGCAGCAAACGCUACAGGACAUUAUGAGCCUGUGGCUACGUACCUAGCCGUGAUAAUUAUCGGUUCGUUGAUCGCUUUUGGUCUGACGCUCACCGUCACGUCGUUGGUGUGCAAGCGAAUGCGGAGAUGUCCCCUGUACAGAGAUCGGUCCAUGCUUUCCCACUCAGUGCAAGCGGCGACGAUGUAUCGGCCGGUAGACACGAUACCACCGAAGAUUUACGAGGCUCCUCCGCCAUAUGAGUGUUUCGUUCCGCCGCCGGAUCAGACUCGUAACGACUGGAACUGCAUUCAGGAGAACCAGGCGAACGUCUCAAGGAAUCUCGUUCCAAUUUCCUGA